UAACUAAAUAACUCGGUUUUAAUUAUGCCACAUAAAAAUUUAAAGGUGUAAUAUUAAAAAUGAAUGAAGAAAUAGAAUGUAAUUAAUUCGAUAGAGAAAUAGAAAGAUAAGAAUUAUUUUUGAAAAUAAUAAAUAUCCGAAAUUAAUUAAAAUAAAAAAAUAAUUAAAAACUAGAAAUAGAAAAUUUUAAAAGCGUUCAACAAAAAAUAUACUAAGAUUUAGAAACAAAAUAAACCGAAAUAAAUAAUAUUUUAUAUAAAAUUUAAGAUAAUAUAAAUGACGGAUAUUAUGAUAACGAAAAUUUUUUUAAUUAAUUAGAUAUUAAUAAUUCCAAUUAAAAACUAGAAAAUAAUUAAUUACUAUAAGAACUUCAAGAAGAAGAUGAAAUACAAUUUAUUCUAUAAUAAUAUGGUAUAUAUAAUGAAGAAGUCGAAGAAUUUGAUUAAGAAGAUUAAUAAUAAGAUAGAAAUGAAAAAUUAUAAAAGGAAAUUGAAAAAGAAUAUGAAUUUGAAUAUGAAGAUGAACAAUAGAGCGAAGAAUUUCUUAUUUUCGAAUAAAAAAUGGAAGAAUAUAAACAAAAAAUUAUUUAAUUAGAAAAAAAAAUGAAGGAUUUAGGUGGCAAAUAUUUAAAUUGGCAGAAGGAAGAUCAUAAUGAUUACAUAAAAAUAGUAUCUAAAUAUAAAAAUGAUUAUUAAAAUCAAAAAUUUGUAGAUGAAUGCAUAAUUACAUUAGGUUUAUUCACUAAACAAUAAAUAAUAGCACAUACAAUGGAUUAUGUAAAGUAUAAAGAACUUGAAGAAGAGAAAAAAAAAACUAUAAAUGAAUAU